AUGUCUCGUCUGGAAACAACACCACUUUUAAGUCCUAAGACAACCACAUCAUCUGUGGCUAGUAGCAUUGAUGAUAGUGAAAUAAUUAAUUAUGUCCAACAACGAAGAGUAUCAAUUGCUUCGGCAGGUAACAAUAGAAUCCCUGCCAAUUUCUCAUUAAGAAAUGUAACUUCCAAUGAUCGUCUAACAACAAGUACAUCGCAUAAUUCAUUUUUACAUAGAAGCAGUGUAAGUGAAUUGCUUCAUUCAAGUCAGCAUUUGGAAGCCGAACCAGAAACAAAUCUUCAAACUGAAGUUCAAGUUUUAUUGUACUAUUCUGUGCCUUUAAUUAUAACUUUCCUAUUACAAUACUCAUUAACAGUUGCAUCAGUUUUCUCAGUUGGCCGUUUAGGAUCUAGUGAGCUUGCCGCAGUGAGUUUAAGCUCUAUGACGGCUAACAUCUCAGGUUAUGCUAUUAUUCAAGGGGUAUCGACAUGUCUUGAUACUCUUUGUGCUCAGGCUUAUGGUAGAAAAGAUUUUAAUACUGUAGGUUUACAUUUCAUUAGAUGUAACUAUUUAUUACUUUUGUUGUUCAUUCCUAUGUUUCUCUUGUGGAUGUUUGGAGCCGAACCAAUAUUAAUUGCUAUCAUUGGCGAGGAUGAAAUUGAAUUAUGUAAAUUAGCUGCAAACUAUCUUCGUAUUUUAAGCCUUGGUUUACCAGGAUUUAUUUUAUUUGAAAAUGCUAAGCAUUUCCUUCAAAGUCAAGGUAUUUUCCAUGCUUCAACUUAUGUGCUUUGUGUAUGUGCCCCUAUGAAUGCUCUACUUAACUAUAUUUUAGUUUGGAAUAAGAAUAUAGGUUUAGGUUUCAUUGGUGCACCAUUAUCAGUUGUUAUUACAAAUUGGGUAAUGUGCAUAUCCUUAUACUGUUACAUCUUCUUUGUAAAAGGCUACCAAUGUUGGCCAAAGCAACCAUUAUUUGAUGGGGUUUAUUUCCGUAAUUGGAACAGAAUGAUAAAUUUAUCUGUUCCUGGUGUAUUAAUGGUAGAAGCCGAAUGGCUCGCAUUUGAAAUAAUUACUUUCAGUGCAUCGAAGUUUGGAACUGAAGUUUUGGCAGCUCAAUCAAUUGUUAGUACGACGUGUGUUUUAAUGUAUCAGAUACCCUUUGCAAUUUCAAUAGCUGCUUCUACAAGAAUAGCUUGGUAUAUUGGAGCAGCCUCUAUUAAGUCUGCUAAAAUUGCAACAAAUGCUGUAAUUUCAACCUCCUUAUCAUUGGGAAUUUUCAAUGCCUCCGUGUUAUUUGUGUUUAGAAAAUGGUUAGCUGCUCUCUACACCAACGACGAAAUAGUUAUUCAAUUAGCAGCCAAAGUGUUGAUUAUUGGUGCAAUAUAUCAAAUUAAUGACUUCUUGUCAUGCGCUACUGGUGGAGUAUUAAGGGGUCAGGGGCGACAAAAGAUCGGAGGUUACUUGAAUUUAAUUAGCUAUUACUUGAUAGCCUUACCAAGCGCAUUUUUAUUUGCAUUUUAUUUUAAAUUGGAAUUAGUUGGUCUAUGGCUAGGAAUGAUCAUUGCCUUGUUCUUCAUCUCAACGUCCCAAUACUAUUUUGUUUCGAUAAGUAAUUGGGAUAAGAUUGUUGACGAUAGCAUCAAUGAAGGUAUCUUAGAAGAGGGUCAUCUUAACCUUGAUGCUCACUCUUUAGUCCCUAGCAUGAGUAGUGGAGCAUAUGUAUAA